CAAGGCAAAACGCAACCAAGCCUGUAAAAAAUAAAAGUAAAAUCUAAAAUAGUAAAAUUAAAUUACACAUUACACCACUACGAAAUGAUCAUACUUUGAACAAAUGUUUGUAGUAGAUAAGCUUAUCAGUCGUCGUAUUGUUCUCGUCGGGCAGUGAUUGUUUAAUGACCACCCGUCCCUUUGUUUUCGUUUAGACCUGUCCAUUAACUAAAACAGGUGGAUGAUUCAUUCUUCAUGAUUUUAAUUAAAAUAUAAAAUCAAUUUUUAUUAGGUAGUUAUAGUCCAAAGUGUUCAGGUGCAAAAUGUUCAAGGCUGCCAAGCUUAGAUGUUCCAUUAUAUUGCUAGUGUUUUUCCCUGUAGCUAAUAAGGCCGAUGAAGCUAGUCAAGAUGCAGGUGGUCACUGUAUAUGGUACGGCGUCUGCUAUACAGACGAAGACGGCUUAAGUAAAAAUUGUGUAUAUAAUGGUACGGCUAAGCCACUUAAUGAUACAGACGCCAUUAGUAUACUUAAAAGAAGAUGUCCAUAUAUUUCGCCAGACGCCACUUGCUGCGACGCCGAGCAGCUCCAACUCCUGGACAGCAAUCUCCAACAAGCCCAGUCUCUGCUGAGCAGAUGCCCCUCCUGUAUGAACAACUUCGUGAAGACGUUUUGUCACUUUACCUGUUCCCCAACACAAUCCAAAUUCAUGCAUGUCAAUACCACAGAACUAAAUCCAGAAACGAAUAAAACGUACAUCACAGAUGUGGAUGUAUACUUGGAUAACACCUAUAUGGAGGGUGCUUACAAUUCCUGCAAGGAAGUCAGUGUACCAGUGACUGGAGGAAAGGUAAUGAACCUUAUGUGUGGCCAAUAUGGCGCCGAAAAGUGUAAUCCUCUGAGAUGGUACCACACUUUAGGAGACUAUCCAAAUACACCGGGUGUACCGUUCCACAUUGAUUUCAUCAACGCUACUGGUCCUACCAAUGGAUACACGCCUCUGACUGCCGAUAUAAUUCCUUGCAGCAAGUCUGUAGAUGGUAAGUCACCUCCAUGCAGUUGUGUCGACUGCGAAGACAGCUGCCCAGCACCACCUCCACCCACUCCGCCCCCAAAACCAUUCAAAAUCGCCGGCCUAGAUGGUUACGUUUUCAUCAUGACCAUGGUAUUUAUUAUCAGUUCCUCUCUGUUUCUUCUUUUCAAUUUUAUACACAACAGAAAUUACUCAGUGUCUGUAGGAUCAUAUGAAGUUGCUGUAGCAGAUACAGAAGCGAGUCCUCUUCAGACACCAGGGGAACAAGCACCAGAGAUGAAAAAUGCUGGGCCAAUCGAAGCCUUGUCUUGUAUUGAAAAGUUGGGCGCCAACUUCGAUAUAUUUUUGCAAAAGUCAUUUGAGAAAUGGGGAACUUUUUGUGCUCAGAGGCCCCUAACUGUUCUCUUACUAGGAACUCUUAUGGUGGUCAGUCUCGGGUGUGGAAUCAAAUAUUUAAAAAUUAUCACAGAUCCAGUGGAACUCUGGGCUUCCCCAUCUUCUAGAAGCCGCGUCGAAAAAGAUUUCUUCGACAGUCACUUCGAACCCUUCUACCGUACAGAACAAGUCAUCAUCAGAGCAAUCAAUCUGCCAGACAUCACCUUCAAUAACACCGAUGAAGUUUUGAAGUUCGGUCCUGCUUUCAACGCGACUUUCUUGAAAUCUGUUCUGGAUUUACAAAUGAGGAUACAGUCCAUUGGAAAAGACAGCGAUCACAGCCUGGACAAGAUCUGUUUUGCUCCGUUGAGAAAUGAGGGCCAGAACGGGACUAAAGUGUCAGAAUGUGUCGUGCAGAGUAUCUGGGGAUACUAUAAAAAUAAUGUUGCGAAUUUGGACGGCGACUAUUUGAAUAAAUUUAUCUCUUGUUCAACAUCUCCCUAUGACUGUCUCGCACCGUACGGAGGCAUAGUUGAUCCAGCAAUAGCCCUAGGAGGCUUUUUGGAACCAGGAGAGACCUUGGCCAAACACCCGGAUUAUAAAAAAGCUAACACUGUCAUACUAACGUUCAUCGUUAACAAUCACCAUAACAAAAGUAUGUUAUCUCAAGCUUUACAAUGGGAGGAAAAAUUCGUUGACUUUAUGAAAAAUUGGACAGCGACGGAAAAGCCUGAAUAUAUGGAUAUCGCGUUUACUUCAGAGAGAUCCAUCGAAGAUGAGCUAGAGAGAGAAAGUCAAUCUGACGUUGUAACUAUUCUCAUUUCCUACAUGAUUAUGUUUGCCUACAUCGCUAUCUCUUUGGGACAAAUAAAUAAUUGGUCUAGGCUUUUAGUGGACAGUAAAAUAACUCUAGGUCUUGGUGGAGUUUUUAUCGUACUAGCAUCAGUGGUGUCAUCAGUUGGUAUAUUCGGUUACAUCGGAGUCCCAGCCACCCUUAUCAUCAUCGAAGUGAUCCCCUUCUUGGUGCUGGCCGUAGGAGUGGAUAACAUCUUUAUUUUAGUACAAACUCACCAGAGAGACAGCAGGAAACCUAACGAAACUCACGCAGAACAUAUCGGCAGGACUCUAGGGCAUGUUGGACCGUCGAUGCUGUUGACCAGCGUUUCGGAAAGUUGCUGCUUCUUCUUGGGAAGUUUGUCUGAUAUGCCAGCUGUUAAAGCUUUCGCUUUGUACGCUGGUAUGGCGUUGUUGUUCGAUUUCUUGCUCCAGAUCACUUGUUUUGUCAGUUUGAUGAGCUUGGACAUUAUAAGGCAGUCUGCCAAUAGGUUUGACAUAUUCUGUUUCCUUCGAGCUUCGAAGAUAAACGAACCUAACUCAACGGGUGGUCAAGAAGGUCUCCUCUACUCCUUCUUCAAAUAUCUUUAUGUACCAACAUUAAUGAACAAAGCUGUCAGAUGUGCUGUGGUGAUUUUGUUCUUCGGAUGGCUGUGUUCUUCAAUAGCUGUAGUUCCUUAUAUCGAAAUUGGUCUAGAUCAGGAGCUGUCCAUGCCCGAAGAUAGUUUUGUGUUGAAAUAUUUCAAGUACCUGAAUGAAUAUUUAAGUAUGGGACCCCCAGUAUACUUUGUAGUAAAAGGAGGACUUAACUACAGUGACGUCAAAGCUCAGAACCUGAUAUGUACUGGUAGAUACUGCAAGAGUAAUUCCGUGGUUGCUCAAAUAUAUGCCGCUAGUAAAGAUCCAGAAGAUACAUACAUUGCCAAACCUUCUUCUAGUUGGAUAGACGACUACUUUGACUGGGCAGAAAAUGAUAAAUGCUGCAAAAAAUAUGCCAACGAUAGCAGCUUUUGUCCGCAUAAUACUAAAGGCUUUGUGUGCAAAAUGUGCAACAUCAAAUUCCAAGGGGUGGAAAACCGACCGGUGCCAGAAGAUUUUCAACGCUACGUGUCGUUCUUCUUAAGGGACAAUCCAGAUGAAAAUUGCCCUAAAGGAGGUCACGCCGCUUACGGUCAAGGAGUAAACUAUAAGACCAAUGCUACCACCAAGCUAUCUACCGUUGGAGCUUCCUAUUUCAUGACUUACCAUACAAUUUUGAAGUCUUCGGAGGAUUAUUACGAAAGCAUGAGAUCAUCGAGAAAGAUAGCAGCCAAUCUCACAGAUACCAUUGGCGUUGAAGUGUUUCCCUACUCAGUGUUUUAUGUGUUCUACGAGCAGUAUUUGACGAUGUGGUCGGACACUCUUUUCAGUGUUGGUAUAAGUUUGCUGGCCAUAUUCGUCGUGACAUUCUUCCUGAUGGGUUUCGACAUAUUUUCCAGCAUCGUAGUAAUAAUUACAAUUACGAUGAUCCUAGUGAACCUGGGAGGCCUCAUGUACUGGUGGCACAUCACUCUAAACGCAGUUUCCCUGGUCAAUUUAGUAAUGGCAGUAGGAAUCUCAGUAGAGUUUUGCUCCCAUCUGGUCCAUAGCUUCUCCAUGUCUAUGAAGCCCACUAGAUUGGAGAGAGCUGCUGAUGCUCUCACAACGAUGGGCAGUUCAGUGUUUUCGGGUAUUACGCUGACGAAGUUCGGUGGUAUUAUCGUGCUGUACUUCGCCAAAUCGCAGAUCUUUCAAGUCUUCUACUUCAGGAUGUACUUGGGAAUCGUCUUGUUGGGAGCCGCUCACGGGCUCAUAUUCUUGCCAGUUUUACUUAGUUUUAUAGGGUCGCCAGUUAAUAAAGAGAAGUUGGAGAAGCAUCGAAGUAGUCACAAGGCUUUCCAGGAAACGUUUUUCGACAGAGCAUGAGUAACACCAACAAAGUUAGAUAUUUCCAUCGAGCACAUUUGGGAGUGUCGGAACCAACGGAGGAGAGUAUGGAACCAACGCUUGUAUCGCCAUUACUGCCGUCCACGUCCAGUCAUUCAUACGAGUCCAUACAACGUUCCUAAAGAUAAUGUGGGCCGUUUUUUAUUGUAAUCGAUAGUGACUAAUAGUGAUUAGUGGUGGACAAUCGUGUGACAUUGAUUUCCCAAUGUUAGUGCCUUACAAAAGAACUUUUUACUGCGAGGGUGGUAUGACCAAUGGAGUAUUUCUGAUGAGAUUUAUUUAUAAAACUUUUAUUUGAAGCUCAGUAGUAUGAAACAACUCAAAAAUGUAAUAUAUUGAUUGUUAAAACAUGUAUUUAAAAUUUUCCAGUAAUACCCUCAGAUCAUUCAAACCUUUUUCUUCUUUCAGUACCCUGCCGAUCAUCAAAUGUUGGCAAUUAUAUUGGAAAUAGUAAUUUUGUCUAAAGCAGCUCGAAACAGAUUAGCGGAUGUCUCUUGAUACCACUCUUCUCUGGAUGUCUCAUUACAUGGCCGAAAUAUUGUAACUUUCGAAUUUUUGUUAUUCUUGUGCUGUUUUUCAUUCCGUGUAAAACUAUUGCAUUUCUUAUUCCAUCAACCCAACUUAUCCGAAAUAUUCGUCGGUAGAUCCUCGACUCAAAGGCCUUCAAUCGUUUCAUUAAUGUCUAUGUGAAGGUCCACCUCUACAUACCUUAUAGGGCAGUCAAUGAGAGGGUAAUUGGCUACGAAUUCAAUCCUACUACAUCGAUUUUCUUGAUAUUUCCACAGUAAGUAGGUAAUAGCUCAAGAAACAAAGUCUACCCUAUGCCGAUGUGCACUUUUAUCUUGGGGGUGGUUCCCACCCCCUUCUCGAGGGUGAAAAAUGUUUUGGGUAAAAUAGCCACGGAAGAGACCAGAGAACCUAAUUUUAAGCAAAAACUGUUCUAUAAUUAUUUUUUUGAAAACUCGAUACUUUUUGAGUUAUUCGUGGUUGAAAAUUGGCUAUUUUCAUUGAAAAAUGACACCUUUACGGACGGAUUUUUGCGAAUACCUUAAAAACUAUGCAUAUAACAAAAAAACUAUAUAAAAUAUUUCUGUAGGUUAUAAAAAAACUUUUAUAGUGCUUGAAAAGACCUUUAAAAUUAGCAAUACCAUAUGUCGAUUACAUUCAAACUAAGCGAGAUAUUCUGCAAAAAAGUUGAUUAAGAAGAAAUGAGAAGUAUAUUUAACCCAUCAUCCAUCAGAAUUUAAAUACAUCGUUUUCCUUCUACAAUACUUUUUAUUAUAGUGUUCUUUCUAUGUUCAAAAAGUUGCACUGGAUUAAAAUGAAUGGUGUUUGAAAAAAAUAAGAUCAAAAUACAAAGCGCAUUUUUAAAUUUUCUUAAAAAUCUUCCUUUUCCUCCAUGUAACUCGAAAAAGAUAAGAGAUACGAAAAAAGAUACCACACAAAAAUGUAGGGCUCUUUCAGGUAACAAUUUCCUUUUUAUUUUUCAUUACUGUAUCUCUUAUCAUUUCCAAGUUACAUGGAGAAAAGGAAGAUUUUUAAGAAAAUUUAAAAAUGCUCUCUAUAAUUUGAUCUUUUUUUUCAAAAACCAUUCAUUUUAAACCCGUCCAACUUUUUGAACAUAGAAAUAACACUAUAGUAAAAGGUAUUGUGGAAAGAAAACGAUGUAUUUACAUUUUGGAGGAUGGAGGUUAAAAUUACUUCUCAUUUUUUCUUAUAAUACAUUAGUUAUCAAUUUGUUUGCAGAAUAUCUCGCUUAGUUUUAAUGUAAUGGACCUUUAAUAUUACUUAUUUUAAAGGUCUUUUCAAGCACUACAAAAGGUAUUAGUAGCAUUACACACCUAAAAUCGACCGUUUCUCGUGUUAUUUUAAGUUGAAUACACCAAUUUGAUAAUGUACAAAAAAAAAAACUAUUUCACCUACCAUAUUUCUUUUUGUAUUAUAACUAAAAAAAUUUCAUUAAAAUCCAUGCAGUAGGAUAGAAUUCGGAGGUAAUAUCCUAUUUUUGCUCCCAUUGACUGGCGUAUUACAGCAAUGUCUGCUACUGCAAGCGCCAGUUAACUUGGCGAGACGCAUUGCACAGUGGCUCAUGGGAUGAUCAUCAGUCUCAGUGUCGUUGUGCGUAUUCGCUGUCGCCAAGUUAACUGGCGCUUGCAGUAUUAAUCUAAUUUUAAGGUUUAAAGUAAUAUUUCUAGUAAUGAGAAUUUUCUUUACUUUAUAGAAGGCUGCUCUGGCUUUUUCGAUGCGUAUUCUUAUUUCUUUGUUUUUAUCUCAGUUACUCCGAUGCUUCGAGGGGCAUAAGGAGUGUCGAGAAAGAAGAAGAUAUCCCAGUUAUCGUUAACUUUGGCACCCAAAUAGGUGAUAUUUUGGACUCUUUCUAACUUUAUUCCAUACAACAACCAUAAAUUUGGUCUUGAAGUAUUGUUUUAGCCCAUAUUAAACACAUGUUUCGGUCAUCCUGUUUGUAAGUCGUUAAACUCUUUGGAAGCAAUUAGUACCGUGUCGUCUUCGUAACUGAGAUGGUUGACAUUAAUUCCGUUGAUUUUAAUGCUUGCAUCUUCAUCUAAGGCUUCUUUGAAAAUAAAUUUUGAGUAUAUAUUAAACAAUAGAGGCAAUAUAAUACACCCUUGCCUCACUCCACGUUGUAUUUCCACUGCGUCCGUCGUGUUCUGGCCAACUGGUAUGUUUGCACAAGGAUGCCAAUACAAAUUUUUGAUAAUACCGAGGUCUUCGUCAUCAAUUCCCACUUCUUGCAAGCCACCUAUCAGUUUGUCGUGGAUGAAGUGUUUGCAUUUAAUUCCCUUUUUGAUCACUGUUUUUAAAAAUAUUGUUUUAUUAUCGAUAAGUUGUCAUUUUGACAACCAUAUUAUGUCAAGUGAUUAAAAAGCAGCUUAACACAUUGAUUGUUAACACGAAGUGAACAUUAUUAACACAUUCGCGGUCAUGACUGCAUAUGAAGUCAUUUACUCCAUAAGAAUACGUGUAUAAAAUGACAGCGUGUCCGCGAACGUGUUAAGAAUGUUUGACUUGGUCAUAUCACUUUCCAAAAUCAAAUUGUAUUAAGUUAUUCUGAAAUUAUAUUAGACAGUACAUCCCGAAUUGUACGGAUUUCUUUUAGACCAAUGUUAUGAAAUACGAUCCAAGCAGCAUGUUUAGUUGUCACUAGAAUAUAAAGUUUUAAAUAUCAAUAGGUAAUUGACAUUUCAAAAAUAUCGGUGUAAAUAAUAUGUAGGUACAUAUAUUGAAUGUAUAUAGACGUUAUAGAUCCAUACUUGUUCCUUCUUUUUUUUUAGCUCAAGACCAGUUUUUAUAUUUUAAAACUUCCCUCAAAAUUUUUGCUUGUUUCCUUUUCCUUCUCUUUAACCUCUUCAUCCAAGCACUUGAGUCAUCGUUACCUGUUCUUCAUUGGACAGUUUGGUUUAGCUUAUUCCAUAUUAAUUCCUUAAGAUCACACUAAAUCUUUUCGUUCCAGUUAAUAUUGGGAUUCUAUAUUUCACAAUUUGAAGACUAAAAUUAUCAGAAGUGUUAAAAAAUGGGGUUAAGAGUCAUCUGGAAUAUUAUGCAAUGUUUAGGGUAUCUGUAGAGUCUCAAAGUAGUCUUUUAUAAUUUAAGAUUCUCCUGUAUUAUUGUAGGUGUCUCCGGAAGACUUCGUGGUAUUUUGAAAUGUUUGAAAAGUGGACGUCAGUAGUAUGAAAUGUUCAGGUAUUACUGUAAAAGGUUUGAUAUUUAUCCGAAAGGAGCCUGUUUGAAUAUUCUCCUGGAAGGUUUUAGAGAUCUCUGUAGGGUAUCAGAACAGUCUAAAAUGUUCCAGGAGUACCAAAUUCUUUUUUUCCUUCAUAUAUUCUAGAAAACGUAAACCUGCUACUUGAGACAAUCAUUGUAAAUUGUAAAAUCACUGUAAAAUGUAAGAGUUAAGAAUUUAGAAAAUAUAUCGGUUGAUGUUUCCUUGUUAUGUGUACUUAUAGAAUAAAUUUAUUUUAAACACUGUUGUAGUGAGCAGAUAGACUGUUUGAUUCAAAGUUUAGUGAUAUUUUACCUAUCAGAACCUAGAAAAACAAAGUUAUUGUCUCCUGUAAAUUCCUUGAGCCCAAAAUGUUGACUAUACAGGUUGUCGCCGAAAAUAGUGCGUUCCUUUAAGGUAUGGAUAUAAUACACAAUUUAGAACAAAAAAGUCCUAUAACAUUUUUUUCUAAAGUUAACCAUUUCCAAAAAAAAAUCACAUUGUUCGCCAUAUAAGCGAACUUUUAUUUUCAUAAAAUUAACUAAUUUGGCAUCACUGUACAAGAACUGUUUGUGAUUUAGUUUAUUGACACCACAAAUGUAGGUCAGACAGGUACACCUGCAAAAUAAUUGUACCACCCCAUGUUUGAAAAUCCAACAAAACAGAAUUUGUUUGUUUGUUUAGGAUGAAGACAGUGAACGAAUGUGAAUACUUAUGGCUAAAAUGCUGCAACUAUUUUUGAAUUGUGAUUGUCUAUGUUUAGAUUUUUGUAUACAUAGUUGUCAGAUUUCAAUUUGCAUAUCAAAAUGUAUUUUGGUUUUUUAGCGAAACGGUUGCAUUUAGAAAAAAAUGUUAUAAACUUUUUUGCCCUACAUGGUGCCUUCACCAAUACCUUUAAGGAACGCACUAUUUUCGGGGACACCCUGUAUAGAAAAUAACAUUCUUGAAUAGUGUUCACACAAUAUAUUCCCAAUUAUGAAUGUUUGUUGGUCCUAUCCGACUAUUUCCCAUUGUCUCACUCUCAUUUUCUCCAGAUCUUAUUUGACUGCAUCUUUCCACCUUUUUGUAGAUCGUCCUACAGACCUUCUUCCAUCUGGUAUUUCCCAAAACACAUUGUUUAUGAGGCGAUUAUCGUUAUUACGUAUGACAUGUUCUGCCCAUCUUAGUCUAUUGGCCUUUAUAUAUCUGACUAGAUUUUCCUUUCCAAAGAGAGAGACUUUAACUUAUUGUAUCUGAGCCUCCAUUCGUUUGUCACGCUAUCUCUACAAGGGCCAUACAUCAUUUGAAGGAUUUUACGUUCCCACACCAGCAAUUUAUUUACUUAUUUAUUUGUUAGCGUCCAUGUUUCGCUUCCAUACGCGACUGCUCGUAGUAUUAUGGUCUUAUAAAUCUGGAUUUUUGCAUCUCAUGAGAGGUUUGACUUCAUUAUAUGUUGCAUUGCGAAGAAAGAUCUGUUUCCCACCAUUAUUCGUGUUUCAACUUCUAGUUCUAUUUCGUUAUCAUUGAUAUUGUUGCUCCUAGAUAUUUACAUUGUUUGACCACUUUGAAGUUAUGAUCGUUUAUAGUAAUAUUUUGCCUUAUUCGCCUAUGGUGGCGGGGGUAGUUACCCCCUAUGAUGGCGUUGAUUAAGUCGAACAUUAUUACCGGAUAUAUAUUUAUUUAUCAACACUAACUAUACCAGUAACGAGUUGGUGGGCAAAGUCUAUAUUCUAACUACUUGAUGUCUUAAUAACGAAUAAAGAAUAAAGAAUGAUCUGCAAUACUUUGUCCGUAUCUAUAAAUAAACUCGUAAUUGUUUUUAUUAUGAUUGCCGACACCGAAUCGACCGUGAAAUAUUAAUAAUAUCAAAAUAGCUGAAAUUCUCGAAACGAGUGCCCUACAUUGUGACAUCAAUGUCACCUAGUUAUUCUACUAAAAACAGUAAUGCUUGUGUAAGACCUUUAAAAAUUAAAUCGAUAUGAAUUGUUCUUAAUUUUUUGGAUGCUAAUAUAAAUCCUGUACACGCCGUCGUUUUUGUUUUGAAACGACCAUGUAUUUUGUUCUGUCUUCUUUUACUGUCAGCCCAAUAUUUAAUGCAGCUCUUUCAAAGCUCGAGAAAAUAUCCUAACUUCUAAUUUUGAUUGUGUCAUUGGCAAAAACGAGGACGAUUUUUCCUCCCCGAGCAACUAUGUCUGAUUUGAUUGUUGGAUAAAUUCUUCGCAUGACAUAUUCUAAGGCCAGGUAAACAACAAUGGGUAAACAGAAUUUACACAGAAAGCAUUUGAUAUUUUCCCCCCUAUUCUAACUUGUGCAAAGGAGUUACUUACACACAUUUGAGUUACCGCAGUUAGUUUCUUAUGUACUUAUGCCCAGCUCAACUACUGCAUUCCGUAAUGUUGGACGAUUAAUUGAAUCAUAAGCCUGUUUGUUAAGAUCUCUGAUGCACGUCUUGAUUAUACUCCUAAUACUGUUCAAGCAUUUGUCUAAUAGUAAAUAUUUAUUUAUUUAUUUAUUCUUCUUUUAUAGUUCGAACACUAUUCCUUUUUCCUUUCUUAUGUAUUGGUGCAAUAAUACUACCACACCAUUGUUUAGGCAUUAUUUCUUGUUGCCAGGCCUUUUCUGUUAAUUGAUGCAUUUUACUUAUGAGUUCAUGACCGCCUUUUUUAAUUGACUUGGCAUCAAUAUUGUCCAGAUCAGGGGUUUUAUCGUUUUUAAGCGUUUCUUUGACAUUUCUAAUUUCUUCUCGACUUGGUGGGGGUAUUUCAAAUUCGACAGUUUGAUACUCAUUUCUGUUAUUUCCAUCAUUUUCAUCCUUUUCUUCAAAGAAAUUUUGGAUAAUCAGGAGCUCUUCAAAGUAUUCAGACCAUCAUAGUUAUUCCCCUAUUUGCCCUAUUAUAUUGCUAGAAUGUUCCAAUCAAAAUAUGUUCUAAUUGAUUAUUUCUUCUUUCAUCGUUUGAUCUCCAUGUUGCCUUGUGGAUCUUUUUUCUAGCAAGCUGAGUGAGAGUAUAGUAAUAAAUUGAAAUAACUUAUACAUUACUGCAGCUUUAUUUUUGCUUCUGUAUUUUCAUACACUUUCAUAUGACUUCUAACCUUGCGAUACACAGGAAAAUUUGAUACUUUGUGUUUCUUCGUUCUAGUCAAAAAUGCAUUACUUUACACUUCACAACCAAAGACGUAUUAUUAUGCAUUAUGUAAGCGUUGAGCACACCAUUUGAAGUGUUUAUAAAGUGUGUCCACCAAGAAUGUUCGAUAAUAUAAAAUAACUUUAUCUUUUACUCUUAGUAUAUUAUCACAUUCCUCGAAUUGAAAACAAUUAUAUGUUUUGCAUUUUUGUAAUCAUUGGGAAGCUAUUUCGUAUUGUAACCAAUUUCUCUAUAAAUAAAUGUAUAUAUUUAU